AUUUCAUACGAAGAGGCGUAUGACAAGGUGCAUGCUGCCAGGCCUUAUAUUGAACCCAACUCUGGUUUUGUGGAACAGUUGCAACUGUACGAAAAGAUGGGAUUCAAAAUCGACGAGCGUAAUCCUGAAUAUAUAGCACUAACAAAGAAUACCAUGAUGUGA